UUUGUGUCGAAGAGUGAGUAACUUCACGUUGAACCUCGUCAGAACGGGUUUCUCUGAAGUGCUCAACAGUUAGAUAUUUCUUUACCACCCAGACUAUGGCCGACGCGAAAAAAGAGGCUGCACCGGCUAAAGCUGCCGAGGCUAAAAAGCCGGAGGAAGGUAAGAAACUUCCAGCAGUACCAGAGUCGGUUCUUAAAAGGAGGAAACGGCGUGAGACAGUGAAGGCUGCGCGUCUUCAAAUAUCCAUCAAGCAACGUGCUAGACACUAUCAGAGAAGGAAAGAAAUUUUCAAACGAGCUGAGAAGUAUGUGAGGGAGUACAGAGCAAAGGAGAGAGAUGAAAUCAGGUUAAUCAGACAAGCCAAAAAUCGUGGUAAUUACUAUAUCCCAGGCGAAGCGCGCCUUGCAUUUGUUAUACGUAUUAGAGGUGUGAAUCAGGUUGCUCCGAAAGUACGCAAGGUACUUCAACUGUUCAGAUUGAAACAAAUCAACAAUGGUGUAUUCGUCAAGCUGAACAAGGCGACUAUUAAUAUGCUCCGUAUCAUUGAGCCUUAUAUCACGUGGGGAUAUCCAAAUCUGAAAUCGGUCAGGGAAUUGAUCUACAAGAGGGGAUUUGCCAAAAUCAAUAGGCAACGCAUCCCCAUCACGAGCAAUGCCAUCAUUGAAAAGAGACUUGGCCGCUCUGGAAUCAUUUGCGUGGAGGACUUGAUCCAUGAAAUAUUCACGGUUGGACCAAAAUUCAAGUUCGCAAGCAACUUCUUAUGGCCCUUCAAGCUCAACACACCCAACGGCGGAUGGCGCAAGAAGACAAAUCACUACGUGGAAGGUGGUGAUUUCGGAAAUCGUGAGGACAAAAUCAAUGAGCUCCUCAGGAGAAUGGUUUAAAUUUGUACAAGUCUUAAUAAAUGAAAAUUUAAAUAGGACAUAUUA